ACUAAUUUUUAAUUCCAGACUCCAGUUGGAAGUUAUGUCACUAAAAUACUAAAUUUUGUUUAUAAUUUAUAAUAUAAUAUUCAAAUUUAGAUUAAUUUUGGAUAUUGCACGGUGUUCAGAUCUGUAUUGAAUCAUCGUUAAAAGUAACUUUACUAGAAAUGUCUUCAGAAGAAAAAAUAAGUAAUGGUCUAUCCAAUAAGGAGAUUAUUGAUUUUGGUAUUUACUAUUUGGACAUGGUGCAAUGUCCAUUAGAUCCAAACCACAAACUUCGGCGUCACAAGUUGCCAUAUCAUAUUUUAAAAUGCAAAAAGAUGUUUCCAGAUAAAAUACAAUGUCCUUAUGGCCAUUAUUAUUAUUUAGAAAAACAUGAGAUGGCCAAUCAUUUACAAAUAUGCCCUCAUAAGCCAAGUUCAUUUCAAGCUGAAGAAAUGCAGCCGUACAUAAUUCAAGCUCAACAAGCUAGAAAUAAGAAUAUCAUCCAAAACUAUGAUGUUAAUAAUUUUGAAAUUGAUGAACCAUAUUGGGAUUAAUCAUCAAUUAUGUUAAUUUAUUUUUUUUUGUCACAA